AAAAGAUGUUCCUGCAGCGACGCCAGCGACAUUCUUCCUCUAUAGUUUAUUACCUCUAUUAAAUCAGCUGAUAUGUUUCACUAUUUGAUCAUUAGUCCUUCAGAAUCGUUACGCUUUUGGUUUGGUCGACUUGUAACCAGCGCGCAGUCAUUUUGAUCAUCCCUACCAAAGCUCUUUUCAAAAGUCAAAACACGCGACACCGUUUGCUGUGUAGAAGUCGUUCACCCUAAUUUUCUCGGAAAAUCAAGUAAGAAACCAAACUUUCAAACGAUUCUGGAAACGUGACGACAACGUGCCUGUGAUAAAUUGCUUUAUUUUCUUCGAACAUUAGUUGAACAACAUGGAUUUCGAGCUGUCGUCGCGCUUCGUGGCGGAGGACUUCUGCCGCUUGUGCCUCUCGAGCAUCUACGAACUGCGCCCGCUGUUCUCCCGCGAGGCAAAAGAAUCCAAUGUGGUGCUGCUCAACAAGAUCAGUCUGCUGGCGGAAAUCAUUAUGGUUCCAUCGGAAGAGCUGGACGCCCGCAUUUGUUCCCGCUGUGUCAAACAGCUGGAUGAGUUCGAUUCGUUCCGGCGUCGCUGUAAGGACAGCGACAACCAAAUACGAAAGAUUCGGACAUUCCGUCAGCAGCGAGGAGCUAAUAACGAUAACGUGGAAAUCAUUGAAGAACAGCGCGCACAACCGGACAGUGCCUCGACCGCCUGCGACAAGUUCGGCGGCAUAUUCGAUAUAAUGACAUACUGCGAGGACAGUGUGGCGCCAGGGGAGCAUCGGAUGUUUUUCGAUGGAUACGUCUACCGGUGUGAAAGUCUACUCGUUUGGCGCUGCGAACUGGCCAUCUGUCCGUGUCAGUUGAUCGUGCAACACGAUUACAGGCAUUUCAUCGUCUACAGAACUCACAGCCAUGGAAAAAUUCCCCUGGAUAAUGACAAGCGGAAGUACGAGAAGAUGAAUCAACGAAUCUGUGCGUUUCUGAACAAACUGAGCGCUCAAAUUGAUGGUUCUAGUGAGAAAAGUUUGGAAGCAGGUCCAGCAUCAUCCAGCGGUCAUUCAAAGUCCCUCUCAAACGCAUGUGCACCUGUUCGCCCGACGCAGAACAGAGCCAACAUUUACUACUCUACAAAGGGCGACCGACCUUCAAUCGUUGUCAAUGGCUAUCGAUUUCAUAAGGAAAAAGCCUUGAGCGUUACUUUUCCAUCGCAAAUUUAUUGGCGUUGCAGCGCAAAGAAUUGUCUUGGAAUGAUCGUAACUACAGCUGAUUUGCAUCGCUUCCGGAUGCACAAAAACCAUAAUCAUGGAUCGACUGUUAAGGAACCUCCGGAGGAAGACUUUUCCUUGAUGGUAAUUGCUUUGCCAAUGAUGGAUCAAACUCCACAAAUUGUGUCUAAUGCUCCCAAACCAGCGCUGCCUAACAAGCUCAACAUCGCCAAUAUGCAAGUUUCACUUGAGUCAAUUCCUACACAGUUUUCAGUUAUGCCUGUGAGCUCUUCUUCGGAGCGAGGAGAUCCAUCUGAAGCAUCAAAAACGAACGGAAUCAUCACAAUGGAUCCAUACCCUCCAGCUCAACUACCGCUAAUCACAAUGGUGACCUCAGGGUCGUCAAACAUAAACGCCUUGACAAACACUCAAACAUCUAAGGAACAUUCACCUCAAGUGAUCAAAAUAAGGCCGCUACUAGACAAACCUAAAACUUCUAAUUCAGCUCUACUUAACACAACUUCAAGUGUCCCAUCUGCAUCAGCCAAGGAUCCUCCCGUGGCAUCAAUCGUACCGGUGGUAACCUCUACAGAGAAUGCUGUUCCUAGCCGCGCCACACCGACCAAACGAAAAGCGAAUCCGUCCGGAUCGCCUAAACCGAAGCAAAAACCGAAGAAACCCCCAAAAACGCCCACUUUCUACAAGCCACCGCUUAUGUCACAAAUCGGAUUUUAUCGGUGUCCAAACACCGACGGAAUCUGUUUGAUCCAUAAAGAGUUCGUUUACAGCUCACGCCCCACCAUCAGAUACAUCACCUGGCAGUGCAAAACAGCAAAAUGUGGCGCCCGGGUUCGCAGCGGAUGGCAGCUCGAGUACCUGGCAAUGUAUACCGACCACAACCACGAACCGUCCGGGGAGGUCGUUGUCGACGUGGAACAACAUCUCUCGGUACCGGAUGCUCUCAGUGCUCUAACCGAACUGAAGACAUCGGUUGAUCGAUGGCCAAAGUCCAGGGGAAAAGAACGUGCAAAAUCUAUCUCUCGUUCGACCCACCCGAUGCUGGGACCGUUUCCAUCAGAUUGAUACCACUUUUUAAUAUCAAACGUUAUUGUUAAUCUUUAUCUUUUUAUGUCUGAAAUCAAUAAAUAAUUUUGGUAA